AGAUUUUAAUGAAUUCUGGGAAGGAUCCCUUUUCUUCAACAGACAAAUCUGUUUUUUUUCUCGGUUCAAAAAGUGAAGUAAGGAAAAGAAUGAUGUUAUGUAUCUGGCUGUGACAUAUUCUAAUGCUGAUUUUGUCCGAUUCAUGAUUGACAACCUUAAUUAAAAGUCGAAGGAACUGGUCUGAUGCACAAUAUAAUAUGGUUCCUGUUAAAUUUUAAAAGCAUGAAUCUUAUGUUGCAGCACACCUCAAAAGUUCGAUGAAUAAAUCUUGUAUUGUUGAAAGUUUGGUGAUUUUUAUGUCUGUGUCUCUGUUGAUUGCUGUUCAUAGAUGACCAAGUUUCAAUUCUUAUACGAUGCUUCUGUUUGUAUGAAAAUGCUUAAGACUGUAUUCAAUUUCAUGCUUCAGCAAUCUGAUCCUCUAAAUCUUUGAUCUGAUGUAACAAGAUGGAAUUUUGAGUUUUUGUUGGCAGGUUCAAGCUUGAGAGACUCUUGAAUCAUGAAGUUUAAAGAAGGGAAUUUGGUGGAAGUUUUAAGAAGAGACCAUGAGCCAUGUGGUUCGUGGUUUCCCGGAAGUGUUGUUUCGGCCCGUGGCAAUUAUUGUAAAAUUAGGUACAAAUCACUUUCGGACAACAAGGGAGAGCCAGUCAUGGAGAAGGUGCGUGAGGAGGAUGUCAGGCCUCAGCCCCCUCGUAAAAAAAGGAAAAGAUGGAUGGUUGGUGAUGUUGCUGAGAUAUUUGAUUUUCAAUGCUGGAGAGAAGGAAAAAUUGCAAAGGUGUUGAAUAAUAACCUCUUUGUUGUGAGGCUGUUCGGGUCCAUCCAACUCAAAGAAUUUCAUGAAUCGCGUAUAAGGAUUCAGCAGGCCUGGCAUAAUAAUAAUUGGUCGGUGAUAGGAAAGGUUGCUCAAAAUAUAGAACACUCCAAAAAAUGUGCAGAAAAUAAGUCAAAGCAUUCUGGGAGCUUGGUGCGAAGGGCUCUGGUACCAGUGACGAGGAAAGAUCCAUGCUUACUAGAGAAAGAUGGACAAAAACACCUUAAAGAUGGACAGCAUAAUGUCAAAAUGGGUCUUGACCAGCAUCAUCUUGAAAGAUCUUCAAAGGACCUGGUUUCUUGUAUGGAAGGAUGCCACAAGCAACUUGUACGGAAUCUUCCUUUUUUUAAGCGGGCAGACAACAUUUCUUCUGAAAAAUUAAUAGCGGAUGAGAAAUUUAAGGGAUCUAGUGAGAUGAAUGCCAACAUGGUAAAAGCAACUACUGAGUGGUUAUAUACUCCUUCCAGGCCUCGUUUGACUGCAGAUAGCAACCAAAGUUCUGUUGCUAGCUGCAGUUCUAAUGGCUUCGCCGACUCCUCCAGUCAUAAUUUCCGAACACCAUUGGAUAAUGCAUCCCAUAGGUCAGAUGCCGAGUCAUCAUUUGUUUCCUUUUCUUUCAUCAAGCGUUUAACUCCUUAUUUUGAACAAAAGCUAGAAGCUGAAAUCCAUGAGCUAGAGUUUCAUGCUUAUCGGUCAACUGUGCAGGCAUUAUAUGCCUCAGGUCCCUUAAGUUGGGAGCAAGAGUCACUCCUAACAAAUCUUCGCCUAUCCCUUCACAUUUCAGACGAGGAACAUCUUCUCCAUCUGAGGCAACUAUUGUCCACUCAGGUCCUGUAAUCAUCUUCUUUUCUUCACCACCUUUUUCUUUGUAGGUCUACACAAUGAUAACUCUGGAAUUGGUUCCAGCUGAUUUCAAACUACUUCAUGGUUGGUGGCCUCGUUUCAACUUCUGAUUGUACAUCAAUGUUACCGUGUACAUUGUUUUGAAAUAUUCUAGUUUCUGUUCCUGAUGCUUGCUAAUGAUAGAAAUCCUUGUCUUGCA